CCUCAAGUCUGUCCCAAGCAUAAAACAGCGUCCCUCCCACCAAACAUCCAUCACCAUGCGAGUUGUGUGUCUAUGUCUUCUCUCCGUGCAUGUAGGAUGUAUUUUGUCAGCGUUGGCAGCAGAAGAAAGCCGAACAAACACUUCUGCUAAUGGUAGUAUCCAUUCGAUUCCAGGCGAACGAAUUUGGCAAACUGACAAUGAACCUGUGCCACCCAUUAGCAGCGGUAAUACCGAAUCUGCCGAAGAUGUCACUCGCAAUUUUGUCAGUGCCACCUUGGGAUCCAACAUGGUCUUGCAACGAGACCGAGAAGUGACCUUGUGGGGAUACUCUACCAAAGGAGCCAUUAUCACUACAACUUUGUUGUUGAAUACUGAAGAAUCAGCAGCGCCUCCUAUAGUACCGGUAGUACUGUCCACUACAGCCACGGGAGACGAUGGGCUCUGGCGUCAAGCCUUGCCACCUCAGGCUGCUUCUCUCGAGGCCACGUCCAUCAAGAUCAAGAGCAGCACAGGCCAAUCACAAACUCUGGAAAAUGUGCUUUUUGGAGACGUUUAUAUUUGUGGAGGACAAAGCAACAUGGUGUUCUCCAUACCUGGCGCCACCAAUGGCACGACGGAAGCCAACAAAGGUAACCGUUACCCUCAUAUCCGUGUCUUUACAGUGGGACAAAAAACGGCAUCCAAAACGCCUCUACCAGAUUUGCAAACCGUAGAACAGCCGUGGAGUGUCGCCAACAAUCACAGUCUCUACACCAAUGUGUUUUACGUCAACGGUGGAGGCUACAGUCACUUUUCCGCCGUUUGCUUCUUUUUUGGAAGGCAAGUGGCCGACGGUCUCGGAAACAAGAUCCCCAUUGGACUCAUUAGCAACAAUUGGGGUGGUACCAAAAUUCAACGGUGGCAACCGCAGAAUAAUAAUGGAGGCGACCUGUACAAUUCCAUGAUUCACCCGUACAUGGUAGGCCCCAUGGCCAUUACUGGUUUUACAUGGUAUCAAGGAGAAGCCAAUGCGGGUGGUAGUAGUAAAGCUGCCGACGAAUACAGUCAUUUAUUUCCCCAACUGAUUCAAGCGUGGCGGGAUGGGUUCCAGGUACCGAAUGCCUACUUUGGGUUUGUGCAACUGUCCACGUGGUGUCCUCCUGCACAACCUCAAUCGGUGGCGGAAUUGAGACAAGCUCAAAUGGCCGCCAUGAGGCUGAAAAAUGUGGGAUACAGUACCAAUGCCGACAUGGGAUUUGGAUGUAAUAUUCAUCCACCCAAAAAGCAGUAUUGUGGCCGUCGACUGGGCAAUUCCGCAUUGGCCAUUCAGUAUGGUCAGCCAAUCCACUGGAAGUCGCCGUCCUAUUGCAAAGUAACGACAAUUUCGGAACUCGAUCUGCUAGUAGAAAGUCGCAAAGAGAAUUCCAAUGAUGGACGCUUGUCGGUGGUGGUUCAUUUUCAAGAUGUUUCCAGUGACGGGCUGUACAUGCUAGAAACAUCAUACAAUGCACAGGUAAAGGGGUUUACAUGCCAAGGCAAACCUGCCGGAACUUGUGCCGGAGCAGCAGUGCUGUUGAAUGGCCAGGGAUGGGUGAACGCUGCAAUCUCCAUCACGGGCAACGACAGUGUUACUUUGACAGCUCCCGCGGGGUACUCCACCAAGGAUUCUAUCAUUGCCACGUCCUAUGGAUGGGGUUCUGUUCCUCUGAUGACACUGUACGAUAAAGGCACCGACCUGCCCGUGCUACCCUGGAAGGAAAAGAUCUAA